GUCAUUAUGUCAAUGUCAAAAACAUAUUGAUUUGAAAUUUGGAUGAAUUUUGAAUUUUGAUGAAUCAAGAAAUAAAUACAAAAUAGGAUUUAAUUAUUUAAAUACAUAGUUUACAUCAUUACAAUUUAAUACAUACAUUCAACUGUUAUUACACUUUUCAACAGAUUGAUAGUACGCGGCAGCUGAUUUAAAAAGUACUUUUGGUUUGGAUUUUGGAAGUACAAGUGUUUUGAUAUGGCUAUUAAUAUUAUAUCAAAGUUGCUUAUUUUCUCCAUCGUGUUGACACUUAGGGAGCAAAUAACUUUGGGUCAGAAAUGGCCUCUAGGCUCUAAAAGGUCUAACAAAUUAAAUGAGUGCCAACGCUGUAAAGUUUUAACGGAUUCUUUCAAAACUUGGAUUGAUAAAACUUCCCGAGGUAAACAUGAAGGUGGUGAUGCGGCUUGGGAAGAGGCGAAAUUAAAAUCAUACGCGAGGAGCGAAAUGAGACUCGUUGAAAUACAAGAAGGCCUCUGUUCUGAACUAAAGACUCACAAAGACCACUGUUAUGCUCUUGCUGAAGAAGUUGAAGUGGUUUUAGAGAAGUGGUGGAUCAAUGAAAACUAUGAUGAAUCUGAUUUAUAUAGUUGGCUGUGCAUUGAAAACCUUCAAUACUGUUGCCCUCCUUAUCAUUUUGGUGAAGCAUGCAACCCUUGUCCCCUUGAUAGCAACAAUGAAAUAUGUGGAGGAAUGGGCAAUUGUGACGGUGAUGGCACUCGAAAAGGCAGUGGUAAAUGCAUAUGCAAAAAAGGUUAUGCAGGAGAUCAUUGUGAUGUAUGUGCUAAAAACUUUUACAGUAGCAUGAAUAUUUGUAAACCAUGCAAUGAGGCAUGCAAUGGUUGCCACAGUGAUGGACCUGAUGCGUGUGACGAGUGUGCUACUGGUUGGAGUAAGGAGUUUGGUGUAUGUGUUGACAUAAAUGAAUGUUCAGAACCUUAUGUUUGUAAAUCCAGUGACUUUUGUAUAAACAGAAAAGGUUCUUACGACUGUAAAUCAUGUGAUAAAACUUGCAGCACAUGUGUAGGUCCUGGCCCUAAAAACUGUACAUCUUGUAAACCUAAUGAUGUCUUGUGGUCUGAACAAUGUAUUAAUAAUAAUAAGCUAAAAGAAUUAUAUAGGAAUGCAUUUAUAAAAACAACUUUUUAUGUAAUAUGUUUAUGUAUACUCCUAAUGUCUACAUUUAGAAUAUCUUUAGCUUCAUUAUUAGCAUUAGCCAUUUCAUUAGGGAUAUACUUUAUUGAGUCAUCCUCUGAUUUCAAUUUAUUUUUUGUGUACAAACAGUAUUACAAUAAUAUAAGUUAUUUUUGAGGCAUAUUUAAGGUAUGGUUAAUAAAAAAAUUUUUAAAGGUGUAUUAAAAAUACAUUUUAUUGUGAAAGGUUUAUAACUACAUUUAGUAUCAUUUAUAUACAAAAAUUAAAUACAACUAAACAAAAAGUGUUCUUGGAAAAUUAUAGAUAAAUGAAUGUUGAUGCACAAAAUCAUUACCAAGUGAUAUAUUUUUAUAAAAGGCUUAAGAGCAUAUUAUGUGGGUUGUGGCUCUACACAUGGGAAAUGGUUCUAGGACUUAUGUUUAUAUUAUUACAUACUAAACAAAAUGAAUAUUUAAAUAAUAUCAGAAGUAGCAGAAUUCAUCUAACAGUGCAGAGUCUUUCAAAAGAAUAAUAAUUGAAAUAAGAAUCUUAAUAAUACAACACAAAUGCAUUGAUUUUAAUUAAAAAUAAUAGCAAAAAAAUCAAUUAUUUUGAAUUUAAUUACUAAUACCUACCUUUACAAUAUACUACUAUUCAAAUAAAAUGCUUUAAGAUACAAAAACAUACUGUAUAAAUAAUCUUAAAUCAUAAACUUUUAUGAUAAUUAAACAACACAAUUAUACAUAUAUAGAAAAAUGUUGUUGGUGAACUAUUUUAUUCUAAUCUAAUAAAAACUUCUGUGACCUCCCUUAACCAUUAUUUUUAAAGAGUGUGAAUGGGUUUAGAUUAAAAAUAAAUAUGAAUUAUAACAAUAGUAUUAUUAUGUAACAAAAUAAUAGUUGAUUUGCUUUGUGUAGGAUUCAUUCAGUUUGUGUGUAAUUCAUGUACUUAUACUAUCUAGCAUUGGGAAUUCCCAUCAUUGGGAAUAUUAUGUGCUACCUCUAGCGUUUACAUGAUCCGCUUUAGAAUUCCUGUCAAUAUUAUCUAGCAAAUAUUCUUAUAGUUACUUUAGUAUGAAGUAUAGCAAUGUACAAUCAAGUAGACACACCCCGUUUUAUGCUUAGAUCUGUAGUUUAUAAGAUUGCAUAGUUUAACACCACCCGAAUGCAGUUUUAUCAUUAUAUAGUGAAUCAAGACGUCAUUUUCAACAUUUUUUUGCAUGUGUUCAAAGUCAUGGGCAUCCGCUAGAGCAAAAUAAAAAUAUACAAACAAACAUAGAACCUC